UGAUGAUGAUUUUCAUAAAGAACAUUCUCUCAAUUUCAUAUCUUCUCUCUCUUCCCACCUCCUUUUAUAUUUUAUUUUAUUUUGUUUUUUAUUUCCUAUCCUUUGCAUAUAAAUCAUUAGCAUAAUGUAGUCUAUGCCAAACCAUUCUUCUUGUAGACUUGUUAGCUCCAUUUCUUUGCUAUUUGCAUCUUUUUAUUUCGUUGAGGCAUACAUCAAACACCUUUCAUUUUCUUUCUACUUUAAUAUGGAAUUCCAUAAGUUUAGAAUCAGAAGCUAUGAAGGUCAUUCUGAUAGAGCUCAAGUUGAAAUUCUAGAGAGAAAAUGUGAGGUAGGGCCUUCAGAAAGUGUGUUUCUCUUCACAGACACUAUGGGUGACCCUAUUUGUAGGAUUAGAAACAGUCCCAUGUACAUGAUGCUGGUGGCUGAAUUGGACAAUGAAUUGGUUGGUGUCAUUCAAGGCUCAAUAAAAGUUGUAACAGUUCAAGGACAUCCACCAAAAGAUUUGGCAAAAGUAGGGUAUGUCUUAGGCUUAAGGGUAUCACAAAAUCAUAGAAGAAAAGGAAUUGGUUCAAGCCUAGUAACAACAUUAGAAGAAUGGUUCAUUUCAAAUGAUGUGGACUAUGCAUACAUGGCAACAGAGAAAGAGAAUCAUGCAUCAACCAAUCUCUUCAUAAACAAAUUUCAUUACACAAAAUUUAGAACACCUUCUAUUCUUGUUAACCCUGUGAACCAUCAUUCAUAUAAAAUCUCAUCCAACAUUGAAAUAUCAAGGUUGAAAAUUGAACAAGCUGAGUCACUCUAUAGAAGAUUCAUGGGGUCCACAGAGUUUUUUCCUAAUGAUAUAGGAAAUAUAUUAAAAAAUAAGUUGAGUUUAGGGACAUGGAUGGCAUAUUUUAAAGAUGAUAUGAAUAUUGGGCCUAAUGGACAAAUACCAAAAAGUUGGGCUAUGCUUAGUGUUUGGAAUAGUGGUGAGAUUUUUAAGUUGAGAUUAGGAAAAGUGCCUUUUUGUUGUUUGUUAUACACAAAAAGUUGGUGCUUGAUUGAUAAAAUUUUCCCAUGUUUAAAAUUACCUACUUUACCUGAUUUUUAUAACCCUUUUGGAUUUUAUUUUAUGUAUGGUGUUUAUCAUGAAGGGCCAUUUUCAGGGAAGCUAGUGAGAGCUUUGUGUCAAUUUGUGCACAAUAUGGCUAAAGAGAAUAAAGAUGAGAAGGUUAAGAUUAUUGUGACUGAAGUUGGAGGAAGAGAUGAACUCAAUCAUCAUAUUCCACAUUGGAAAUUACUUUCUUGCCCUGAGGAUUUGUGGUGUAUAAAGGCCUUGAAAAAUGAAGGACUUUCAAUCAAUACAUUUCAUGAGUUGACCAAAACAUCACCAACAAGAGCUCUUUUUGUAGACCCAAGAGAGGUUUAAAAUAUGAUAUCUCAAAAAGAAAUAAAAUCUUGGCCUUACAUUUUUUUUUUUUAAUAUAUUUGAAUUGCUUUGUCUAUGAAGUAAAGCCCUCUUUAUGUUUUUUGUUUGAUUAAUGCAUCCAUGAUCCAUCUUUGAUCUUUGAUGGAGGGGUUUUUUCUCUAGUUCCUUUCACAUCUUGUGACACAAAAUCUCUAAAGAUAUCCAUAAUUUAGGUGCCAAAUUUUGGUGUCCUUGUUUGUAAUCCAAUAUUGUGCUUCAUGACUAUGACUAAUCAAUCAACCUAGUGGUCCAAGUUUUGUCCAUUCCCCUCAGGUAAAAUUUUGAGAUGGACCCUCCUCUCAUAUUUUGUCACUUCCCAUUAUAAUAUGGGCCUUCCCUUACAUGUCAUAGAGAGAGAUUUUGAGUCAUUUUAUGAUGUGAGGUCAUGAAAGUAGCUAUUAUCUUAUUCUAGUCAGAGUUAGACAACUAUUAUGUUCUAAGGUAAGGGAAAAGGAACUUGGUCAUUUUAAGUUUAGGUUUUGGUUGGUUUCUACCUCAUUGGUUUUGGAGCAUUAUUGUCCCUAACCACAUUUGGAAUGUUGGUGGUCUAAAGUUGCCAUAGUUCAUGGGAAUCAACCAAAAAUGUAAAAUUGACUUGGUUAGCAUGUGUUUCACUUUUCACCAAAUAUC